AUGACGACCCGAAGAAUCGUACUGUUCUGCGCCGUCGUCGCGUGCGUCUAUGCCGCCUCGUCGUCGGAGAUCUCCGUCCGUAUCGAACGACACUUCCCUUGCUCAGCCAGCUCAGGACCAAAGAAAGAUAGCUUGCUGAUCAAAUUCCCAUCAUACAAAACCGCCGGAGUCCAAUUCCACGAAGAGAUCAGCGAGAAUGGACACAAGUGCUUCAGAAUGUCCGGAGGAAAAGUUGAGGUGUACGCUCCAGGACUCGACGGAUCCAAGAAGUAUUACGUGCACCUUGAGACCAGAAUUGGAAUCCACGGAAAGCCAGAAAGAUGCGUGAAUGCUGACUCAAACGGAUGCGGAGGAAUCGGAUCAUGCGUCCACUGCGACAUUUGCCACACCAUGGGAGGAUCCCUCAAGAACUUUGUACAAAUCUUCCAAGCCGACAAGCCAGCUCAAUGCUCCAGCAAGGGACUUCCAUCAGGAUCCUACACCGAUCUCUCCCUUCGUGUCUGCCUUCCAACCAAGAACGAGCUUCUUCCAUUCCUUGACCAAAACGCUUCCCGUGCCGAGCAACUUUGGGACCUCUUCGUCAGCUCCCGUGCUCGUUCCGGAGAGAUCCCACUCGUUAUUGCUGCUCGUUUGUUCGAUCGCCCAAUCAACAACAUGGAUGCCAAGUCUCUCAACACCAUUCUCCACGACACAAAGGAAGGAAUGAUUGGAUGCCACUGGAUCUACGCCACUGUUUCCCAACCAAACUAA